CCCCAGUCCCUAUCAUACCUUCUUUCAUAAGCUGAGUUUACAGGAUACGCUUAUAUAAAAGCCCACCUUGUGCAGCAAGGGGAACACAAGAAGUCUCUGUAUUGAAAAGCCCUUGGAAAAGACAUAAGUAACUCCUUGUUUCUAAGGUAACAUAAUCUAUGCUCAGAAGAUGGGGAUAUUUUAUCAAAAGGGAAGAUAUUUUUCAAACUUCACAUUCCUAAAACAACGCUUUGGAUUCUCAUCAGUCUUUCUGGUAUUCCUUCUUGUGGUAUUUCUAAGUCCAGAUACUUCAAGUGGAAAUAAACUUCGCAUGAUGCUCCAGAAACGAGAGGCUUCAGAACCUGCUAAGACAGUAGUAUCUGUAGAAGGAAGCAAAGCGAAUGAGUUCUUAAAUACACUGAAACGUCCAAAACGCCAACUUUGGGAUAGAUCUCGACCUGAAGUGCAACAGUGGUAUCAGCAUUUCCUCUACUUGGGCUUUGAUGAAACUAAAUAUGAAGAUGAUAUGCAGUACUGGAUGAACCAAGGUCGAGGUGGAACUGAAUACUAUGGUGGUUUUCAUCAGCAUCACUAUGACGAGGAUGCACCUAUUGGACCCCGCAAUCCAAACACCUUCAGACACGGAGCUGGGGUUAACUAUGAUGAUUAUUAGUUAUAGGAAUUGUCAUGGAAUAUAGAUUAGCAACUGCAUUGAGAUUUUAGGAUCACAAGGUUUUUUUUCAGGUUGCAUAAAUAUUAUAGUUUCAAUAUAACUCAUUGCCAUAUGUUAGAUACUGAGAGAAUAAAGUAAAAUGUUCUUCAUUGCCUAAUUACUGCAGAACACUCUUCAUACCGGCUUCAUUUCUUUGAGAUUGAUAACAUUUAGCAGGGGUAAGAAUGGACGAGGAAUAUCAUGCUUUUAGUAUUUUUCUGACGAGAAUUAUGUAACUUUUACAAUUUGGGAUUUAUUUUUGUUUCAGUAAUAAAAGUAUGCUUUGUUGAAAAAAAA